AUGACUGAAAUUGCUGUUCAGUUCGUGAUACGAAAAUUGAUAGAUUUUCUAACGCAGGAAGCAUAUUUCCUACAGGGAGUACAUGAGCAGGUCAGAUCUCUUCAAGAAAAACUUGAAGAAAUACGUGACUUACUCAAGUACGUUGAUGGGAACCGCAGAAAGAAUGAUACAGUUAAGCAUGGGAUGGCCCAAAUAAGACAGGUAGCCUACGAUGCUGAGGACGUUAUCGACUCCUACAUCUUUAAAAUUCAACAGCAACGACGAGAGGGAAGUGCUGGAUGGAUGAGAUGCCUCAAAAGUUUUGCUAGUCGCAUCAAAGGCAUACCAUCCAUCGUGGAUGUUGGAAAGAAGAUGAGCGACAUAGAAAGAAGGCUCGAUGAGAUCUUGUCCAAGAGAUCAGAGUAUGGCAUCGACAAUAUACCAGCAUCUGGAGAAGCUUCAUCUUCUUCAAAUCAAAGCGAGAUGUGGAAGGAGAAGAGGGCUCCCAUUGUCGAGGAAGACGAUGUGGUUGGCGUUGAAGAUGAGACAAAAACACUGGUGGGGCGGCUGACUGAAGGAGAUGCGCGACGUGCUGUCAUUUCGAUCACUGGUAUGGGAGGAAUAGGUAAGACUACUCUCGCAAAGAAAGUUUACAAUAACAUCCAUGUAAAGAGAAGUUUCGAUUUUCAUGCUUGGGUGUAUGUAUCUCAAGAAUAUCGAGUGCAGGAGCUCUUACUAAACAUCAUAAAUUGCUUUACGAGGUGCUCACGAGACCAAAUGGAGAAGAUGGCUGAGGAAGACUUGAGGAAGAAACUCUCCAAUUUCUUGGAGAGGAAGAGAUAUCUGGUGGUAAUUGAUGAUAUAUGGACUAGAGAUGCUUGGGACGGAUUGGUUUCUGCGUUUCCAAAUGGGAAACAGGGCAGCAGAGUGCUACUCACUACUCGUAAUGAAGAGAUAGCUAUGUAUGCAGAUGCACAGAGCACACCCCAUAGAAUUCAUUUUCUUGAUGAAAGUGAGAGCUGGGCAUUGCUUUGUAAGAAAGCACUUCCUGGAAAUCUUGCUGGCGCAUGCCCUCUAAAUUUGGAGAAGUUGGGGAGAAAGAUCGUUGCAAAAUGUGGAGGGCUGCCUCUGGCAAUCACAGUAUUAGGAGGCGUCCUAUCAAGAAAAGAGAAGUCAGUGAAUACAUGGGAGAAAGUGCUUAAGAGUGUCGAAUGGUGGCUAAAUGAAAGCGAAGAUCGGAUCUUGAGCAUAUGUGCACUCAGCUACCACGACUUGCCUUAUUACUUGAAGCCCUGCUUUCUUUAUUUCGGAGCUUUUCCAGAAGACUCUGAAAUCUAUGUAGCCGAAUUGAUUUCGAUGUGGAUAGCUGAAGGCUUCGUGCAACAGAGAGGAGAAGAAGAAAUGGAGGAUGUUGCAGAGGAUUACCUAGAAGAGCUCAUCAACAGAAGCAUGAUUCAGGUGGUGGAAAGGAACAGCAAUGGAACGGCUAAAAAAUGCCGUAUACAUGAUCUUCUUCGCGAUCUCUCAAUUUCAAAAGCCAAGGAGGAGAGAUUUCUGUCUGUGUAUGGUAACAUACCACCUACAGCACCUACCAUGCCACGCCGGCUUGCAAUUACUUCUCAUGGCAUCAGUAAGUACAUCUCUCUUAACCGCUCCACUCUACACCUCCGCUCUUUGUUGCGCUUAAGUAGAGAGAGUGAAGUGCUUGAGAAACCGCCGUUGAAAAUCCUCUGUGGAGCUUUCAAAUUGCUAAGGGUGAUGGAUCUCCGAUACCUACACCUCUCCUGUCUCCCAGAUGAAAUUGGGUACCUAAUCCACUUAAGGUACCUAUGUCUCAUGGAGACCCAGUUAGAAAGGCUACCAUCCACCAUAACCCGCUUGUCGAAUUUACAAACUCUCGAUCUACGGGGUACAAAUAUCGACAUGCUACCAGAUGAUACUUGGAAGAUGGACCAGAUACGGCACCUACUGCUACCACAGUGUCGAAUCAGCGACGGGAUGCCGCUCUAUCGCUUAAGCAAUCUCCAGACUCUAUUAUUCGUGGAGCCUGGCAGCUGGAUAGAAAACGGGUUGGAGAAACUGACCAAUUUGAGAGAAUUGACAAUAGUGGGAGAUCUCAAAAUGGCAUUAUCCCAUUCCAUUUGUAAAUUGGUCUGCCUCAGAUCGUUGUCGCUAUUGGCGAGUCGUGAAUCCUUGAUUCCAGCUUUUAUGUCCUUGAAUCACCAGCAUCUAUAUAAGAUGAAUUUGAAGGGAUGCUUACAGAAAUUACCAGAACUACAUGAAUUCCCACCUAACCUUACUGAGCUAAACUUGGAGUGGUCACAAUUAGUGCAAGACCCGAUGGGAACACUGGAGAUGCUGCCAAACCUUCGGAUUCUUAGAUUACAUCCGGUAUGUUAUGUAGGAAAGGAAAUGGUUUGCUCUGUUGGAGGGUUUCCACUGCUUGAUGUUUUGAUCAUUAAUGGAUUGGGUGAAGUAGAGGAGUUGAGAGUGGAGGAAGGAGCGAUGCGGAAGCUUAGAUGUUUAGAGAUUAUUUACUGUAGAAGAUUGAAGAUGCUUCCUGAUGGAUUGCGACAUGUCACCACCCUUCAAGAAUUGAAGUUGGUAUGUAUGCCGGAUGAAUUAAAAGAAGGGGUGAGAGAGGGGGGAGAGAACUGGUUUAAGAUCCGGCACAUACCCUCUCUUGUCAUUGAAGACUAG